UCAGCGUGUGGGAGAUUAUUUCUCUUCCUUUGGUUGGCUUGACUUUUUCACUGGUCUGUCAUUGCAAGUUUAAAGGCCAUUUUCAGAGAGUGAGAUGAUUUCUUUGAAGAUGUCAUUGAAGAAUCCAGGACCAUGAUGGAGAACAGAAGCAGUGUCCGAUAUACCAAAAAGAAAAGCUUGCUGCAUAUUCUUCUUCAUCUCCAUGACGAUGGCAAGUUUGACAAUAGUUUCUCCCAAAACGACCUCAAAUCAAUCCUCAUGGAUAUGCUUGUGGGAGGAAGCGACAUAAGUUCAGCAACAAUGGAGUGGGCCAUGGUGGAGCUGGUGAAGAAUCCAACAAAAAUGCAGAAAGCAAAGGAAGAGUUAAGGCACGUGGUGGGGAACAAGUCAAAGCGUAGAAGAGCAAGACAUAAGCCAAAUGAAUUACUUAAAAUGUUUGGUCAAAGAAUUCUGAGAUUGCAUCUACCUACUCGCCUGCUGGCUCCUCGAGUACCAAGAUCAGACGUGAAUAUCGGAGGUGUACUAUUCAAGCCAAAACAAUCCACUGAGCAAUAGUACUUACUUGAAAGGUUUUGCGAUGAUUUUCGAAUGAUUUUUCUGAGAUCUCAACCAUUUUAAAAUAUUUAUUUGAUACUUUUCCAAAUAUUAACAUUAGGAUAGUUUAGAGGUUUGAAAAAUAUGAUGUUGUUCGUUCUAAUUUCAAAGCUAAAACAACUGAAAA